AUGUCUGAUAAGUCUACCCCAGAGCCGCAGGCCACGUCGACGGCAAACACGACGCCCGUCAAAGGCCGCAAGAACCGAGCAGUGGCAAAGCAAACUGCGGAAAAGCUGCUCACUGCGUUUGCAGAGGUGAAAACAACGGACACGUCCGAGGAAGAGCCUGGGAACGAUCGCGUUAUACUAGACGAGACGCCGGUCAAGAAAGAGACCAGGGGCCGCAAGCCAAAAAAUUGGGUACCACCGCCGGGGUACGUUGCGAAAAAGAAGAGCUCAAAUACGCGUUCCAAGACAGUAAUAGAUGACGAUCUCUUCCGCACCCUUGAACAGGAGUAUUACCAGGAACUGACACCUCUCGUAUCGAAUCCCUGGCAUCAGAGGCCGGGUUUUAAAAGCACGCAUCAGGGAGAGACAAGAGUUUUACAUUUCCACGCAUUGAACAGGUCCUACGCUCGAAAGUUUCAGCUAGGACGGGAUCUGAUGGAGCCGAACAUCUUCCAUGUGAAUGAUGAGCUGGUACAAAAGUAUCCGUUUGAGCCGCUUAAGGCGAUUCCUGAUGGAAUUGCGGAUAUUAUUGAAGAGGAAUUGGCCUAUGAGGUUGUUUGUUCGCGUGUCAAUUUGACAAUGCCUGUCAAGUUUGGGUUUAAUGAUGGUGUACGCAAACUGCUCAAAGCCGAAGGCUAUGCACAAUAUCCGACUAAUAGCGUUUUGAGACAGGGGUUUGUGGUGAACACAGGCGGCGUUCCUCUGGUGAGCUCUUUUUUGAACAAACCCAUUGAUGGCAAGUACUAUUUAUUUAUAUCCGUCAUAGACCACGCUGGAACAGACACUUCGGUGCGCAAAGAAUUGUCCAUAUGCCAGCCAGAGAGCUAUGACGCGGCGAUACAGGUCUACCAGGUAGAUCUAGACAAACAAACAGUCAGUCACGCAAAGACUAUGAUUAUACCCUUUGGAGCUAUCACAUCGAUGAAAUGGCUUCUCAGCUCAGAUCCGGAUAUCAGCUUGCUGGCCUGUGUUUGCAAAGAUGGGGUUGUUAGAGUACUGAAGAUUAAUAAGCAGUUUGUUGAGUCUGGCCGGUAUUCAUGUCUCGUUGCUCCAUCCGUGCUUAUCAAUAUUUCUGAGUUUGACAUCUUCUCCUGCGACUGGACAUCCAGUACCACACUGGUUCUGGGACUGCGAGAUGGACAUCUCGCCGAAGUGGAUAUUACGCGGCCGCAAAAGCCGUUAUUUGUGUUUGGUCUGGACGUGGAACACAUUAUCUCUGUGACGUCGACGUAUUCUGACUCGCUUUUUGGCGUGCCGUCUCGCAUAGUGGUGAUAUCGGCCACAGACUUCUACUACUACCUGGUUGAUUUGGAUAACAUGAGAGUGAUAGCGGAGUCUCAGAAGACCAAGGUCCCGUGUACCCAAAUCCAGUACUCUGCUUUGGUUGAUGGGUUUGUGGUUGCAGAUGCCACAAAAACGCCAAAGUUUGUGAGCAAAAAAGACGUUCAAAGCUACGUUACACUAAACUUGUGGGACGAUAACCAGGUGUUCUCCAUUGGAGCUUCGGAUUUUGCACCGUUUUUCGUGGCAGGCUACGUUAAUGGUUCGGUAAGAUUAUACAAUCCGAUUAGAAGAAUACAUAGCACUGCCAAGCUGAAAGUGGCUCCCGCGUCUUUGCGCUUGAUGAAGAUGGAUGUCAGCAAAGACGAAUUUCGUUUGGAUCUCAAAUAUGUGGUAACGUCGGAUUCGAAAGACGUCGAAAGCCACUCCAUCUAUGACAACAGAAUUAAUGUGACAAGCUGUGCACUCGCAAACACGCCGUCCUGUUCCGGUUUGAUCGCCUGUUCAUUUGCCAAUGGACUGGUGGCUAUAGAACGAAUCUUGAGCGCGGAAUCGAUUUAG